CUGAGGGAUGAGGGAGACUCCCCUAAGCAGGAACUUCUGUUGAAAGAGAUAAACUGAAAACAGACAAAGAAUAUGCUUUUAAAGAAUCUUACUGCUAAUAAAACAAAAUCUCUGGACAUCUUCCUUUUCCAAAUAUCACCCUAACAAGUAGCAGAUUUUAGUUAAAGUAUUUAGUGUAGACAACUACAGCUAUAAAGUACUAACAGUCUUGUGGCUCCUUUGCAGCGUUCUGGUUGUGCAAAGAAGAAAGUUGUUGUUGCCCGAGACACAUCACAUGUUCUAAGCAGAAGAGCCUAUGAUGUACAGAAUGCCUCUUCUCCUUCAAACGGCAGCCACUCUGACAUGCAGGGCGGAUCAUUUAUUGCAACCAGUGGAUCAAGUAAUCAGGGUGGUUGCAUUUGUCCUGAUGGAAGCAGUGGUCAUAGACCGGGUGGCCCAAGUUCUUCCCACGGUUCUUACUCUGGUAACCAGGGAGGGCAUUCCUACUAUGGACCUGGUGGAUCUUACGGACAGGGAGGGACUUCUUCUUAUGAUGGCAGCAGUGAAUCCUAUGGUCAGGGUGGAUCUUCUGUAUAUAGUGGUUCUGAGGCUUACGGCCAGGAUUCACCUGCCAUGGGAGCCAGUGAAACUGAAGAUAGUGAUUCCUCCUCAGCAUCUGGUGGCCGCCAGAGUGAACGGGAUUUUUAUUCCCCAGGAGGCAGCCAGUCAGGUGGACAUGGGUCAUCUUCUCAAAGUGGCAGCUACUCCAGUGGACAGGACUCAUACUCAUCUGGAAGCAGCCAGUAUGGUGGGCAGGGUUCAUCCUCCUCAGGAGGCAGCCAGUCUGGUGGACAGGGUGGAUGUGAUUGUUCUGGGACAAAUUCUGGUGGAUCCCCUACUUUAGUCAGAAGUGAUUCCUCUGCAAAUGGCACAUCUUCUUUUGGAGGCAGCCACUACAACAGCCAGGAUUCAUAUUCCUCUGGAGCUAACCAGUAUGGAGGACAUGAGUCAUCUUCUUAUGGAGGCAGCCAGUAUGGUGGACAAGGUUCACGUUCCCCAGGAGGCAGCCAAUAUGGUGGACAGGGUUCACCUUCUUCAGGAGGCAGCCAGUAUGGAGGACAGGGUCCAUCUUUCUCAGGUGGCAGACCUUAUGGAGGACAGGGCUUUUCUUCAGGGGUCAGGCAGUCUGGUGGACAGGGUGGGUGUGUGUGCCCCGGUGGAGGUUCAGGCUCUUUCUCAGGAACCAACUACCAUGGUGGACAGGGUUCAUAUCCUGGAAGUAAUCAGUAUGGUGGACAGGGAUCUUAUCCCUCAGGAGGCAGCCAGUAUGGUGGGCAGGGCUCAUAUCCUUCUGGAGGCAAACAACAUGGUAAACCAGGUUCCUCUUCCUCAGGAGGCAGUCAACAAGGAAAGCCAGGUGGCUCUGGCUCAGGAAGCACUUACUCUGGGAAACCGCAAUCACCCUACUCAGGCGGCAGUCAAGUGAGCUCUGCUGGGAAACACUCAACUCCCCAACUCCUGAUGUUAUUCAGUGUUUUGAGUGCCUUUGCUCUCUCUGCUGCUGUAUCAAAAUGGUCUAUAUGAACUUCUGUGGUGUUACUUGACAUCCUAAACACUGAUUAUAAUCUGUAUUAUUAAUUACUUAAUGUAUAAAAAAUACCAUUAAGUCAAAUUGGCAGAUGCUACUUGGCUGUUAUGUUGCAUGUCUAGCUGGUAUGUCAUGUCCCUCAUUAGUUUACCUCUGGUUUUAGUCAUUAGUAGUUCUCAUUAGUUGUGUCAGUGUUUUAGGCAUCAUUUUAAGAGAGCAUAUGGUACCCUACCUAUAGGAUAUGUUUUUAUUUCCAAUAGGGAAUGCAAUGAACACCUACAUGAAAUGAUUGGUGUAACAAAUGAAUACUUAGGGAAAUAUUUGGUUAUUAGCCAAAGUGGACAAGGUGAAAUAAAUUGUUGUAUAUGCAAACUGAGCACUGUGCCUGGUAAUCAUGGCAUCAGGUAAGGCUAAUGUAUACUUCUUAAGCAGUUCUCCAUGGGACAGAAGAAAAGAUACUGAAGUAGUAUCAGAGUAUUGGUUUUAGUAUUUUGUAAUCAAAUGUAAAUUCCAAAGCAAAAAAAAAAAAAAAAAACUUCACAGGACUGAAUUUUUUUGGGUUAAUAAAGUUUAUUCAUUAGAAAAAUGAAACAGAUCAAAGACAUCAUGAACUCCAUUCAAACCAACUGCAAAUACCUAGAGUUCUGUAAAGAAGCGUAUGAGGCAUAUGUACUCCAGAUCAGGCUGACGAACUAAAAUCUGCUGAAAAAUAAAGCCUUUUUCCUUGAAGGAGUAGAGAAAUAAUUAAAUUCAUAAACCUAAUACCAUCUUGGCUCCCUUUCUCAAGUAUUUAGUUUAACCUGUGGUACCUUGUGUAUCUGAAAAGUUAAUUUCGUGAGUGCAUCUACAAGCAGGUCCAUCAGUGUGCUUGCUGAAACACCAGGGCCCUUUUUUCAAAUUCAGUUCCUCACCUUGCAGCAAACUCUUCUGGAGCUCUCAGAGCCACCUUCUGUUUGGUGUUAACGAAGCGCAUUCACCUAAAGCAUACUUCUAAUGAAUGUGUUAUCUAUUGAACAUGUGCCUGCUAUUAAAAUGACCAUUGUUAGUAGUGUGCUUUUCUGUCACGGUUUACAGUUGUAAUUGGUGGGAGAGGUUUCGAUCCGAGUUCUCCUGCCAGCUUCGGCGGGGCCAGGAUUUCACCCUGUUGGAUGUGCAGCACUACCCUUUGCCAGCCACGGUAAAUCCACCUGCAAUUGAAGCACAAAGUUAUGCCUGUUUACAAUCUUGAAAAUUCGGUGGACAAUUUGUUUCUUGGACAACACAGUAACGUUCUGUUUGAGAGGCCCGUACCUUAAUUCGAACCAGCCCUACUAUUCUCUAAUAAAUUUGUGAUGGGUUUCAUACAAAACGCUGGUGUCAGUGGCUGUUGAAGCGCCCCGCUCACGGUU